AUGGUAAGCCCGUCGUUCUUCUUACGACCACCACUCGCUUCAUCGUCAUACAUUCAAUAUCUCUCAAAGGCUCUUUUUCCAAGCUUGACCUGUUUAGUAUCACCCGGACCCUCAGGGCUUUGCUUUUUCUUCUUUCCCCUCCCGCUGUCCAGUCUUUACCAGGCUGCUGAAAAAGAAAGCAGUGCGAAGCUACUUCCGUCAUCCAAUCCUCCUUGCUUUUCCUCCGGUUUCUUCGCUUUUGUUCCCCCGUCAUCCCAUGCGUGCACCCCGGCAGACGGAAGCCAUGUGCUUCCUGCACCACUAGUCAUCUAA